GAUAUAAAAAUAGAAACUGCACAAAAAGCUCACAUCCAACAUUUCUGAGCCUGAAAGAAGAAUGGCUCAUGCAAAUACCAAAUUCCCUUGGAAGACCCUUCCAGGGGUAACUUGUCCCUAAUAACCAAUGACCUCUGACCUUUAGUGACCUCUGACCCUCAGUGACCUCUGACCUCCUGUUACAGGUGUGUGUGUGCUGCUGCUGUCUGCACCGACUGUUUCUGCAGUGUCUCUGUCUGUCAGUCCAAACCUUCAGCAGUCUUCAGAGGAUCUUCUUCAGUGUCUCUGAGUUGUGUUGAUGAUGGACAGACAGCUGAUGGAUGGACAGUGAAGAGGAGCAGAGGAGGACUCACUGAGGACUGUGGAGCAGCUGCAGGCUUUGGGAGGGUUCAUGGUUCCUCCUGUGUUCUGGAUCGCUCCGUCUCCUCUGGGGGAACGUUACUUCUGUGAGAACUCAUCUGGACAGCAGAGCGAUGAAGUGUCCAUCAGUGUUUCAGAUAAAGGUGUGAUCCUGGAGAUUCCUGCACUUCCUGUGUGGACAGGAAGUGAUGUCACUCUGCGUUGCAGAGAGAGGAGCGGUGACACAGCUGCUACUUAUUUCUACUUUAAUGGACGUCAUGUUGGACCUGGAACAGCAGCAGAGCUCGUCAUCAGAAGGGUCAAACAGGCUGAUGAAGGUCUCUACUCUUGUGCUACUGAAGCAUUUGGACCGUCUCCUCAGAGCUUUCUGAGGGUCAGAGAUCCUCCUCAGCACAGGAGCUCAGACUCCACUCCUCCUGUGAACUCUUCUGCUGACACUGCUUCAUCACCUCCUCAGGGUCUCACCUCCUUUCUCACUGCACUCAUAGCAGGCCUGGUUCCUGUGGUUCUUCUGGUUCUGCUCUUGGUUCUAGUUCGACUUUUUUUCCACUGCAAAAAGCAAAAUGAAGCAAAUGGUACGACCUCUGUCACAUUGACUUUAUAUCUUUUAUUUUUUAUCACAGCAAGGAGCCCAGCUGCUGCAGUCUGAGGCCAGAUGUUUCCAUUUUGGUUGAUCUCAGCUGCUCCUUUAAGAGAACUUUUGGUUUGAUAAAGCUUCAGAUGUUUCAGUGAGUGAAACAGCUGGACUACAGGCAGGCUAGCUGAGCAACCAGACUUAUUUCCUAUCCAGUCAUAUUUCUGAAGUGUGAUCACACUGAGGUUUGGAAACAUCUGACUGAAAUGAUGGAAAGAGGCUUGAGGUUGAGGGUUUCUGUUGUUUCCUCUGAAGGCUGUCUGCUUUGACCUCGGGGUCAGUUACCUUUGUCUGGAAAUGGCUUCAAGAACCUUCCCACAAUGUUAACAAAUGUGUCUCUAAAAUCACUGCUGUCUUUAUUGUUGGUAUUGUGUUAACACACAGCUGAACGCUCCAGACCACCAAACUGCCAGAACAUCUACUUCAUUACAGGUGAACCAGAAUCCGUCAGUGUGGCUCAGCAUGAGUCAGCAUGUUUGAGGUUCUGUGCAGACUGCAGCCGAUUACAGAUUUGAAACAUCAUCUGUUUGUGUUUCCUCUGCUUGUAGUUGUAACAUGACCUGAGUGUGUGUUUGUAUUUUCCAGAUACACAUCAAGCUGAUACACAUGUUGUGUACUCUGACGUGAGGAUUCUCACUGCAGGUACCAAUGAAUCAAAUGAAUUUUGUUAAUUUUGUUAGAUUUUUUUUCAUAACAAUAAAUGUGCAGCACAGCGGAGAGAAAAACAGAGCAGAUCAAGGAAGAAGGUAGGAAAUACAAAAUGUAGUCAGAUUAAUGGGGCUGAACACAGAUUCACACCACACUUUACAGGAUGAAGGGGUAUAAAUGCUUUUUCAAGACACUGUACAUAGAAGACAAACAUCUGGAUGGGAGUCCAGCAGCUGAGCCAAGACCUGAAGGGGGUCGGUAUGAGAAAGUGGACUGUUGGCAAGAGGCGAGUCACAGUUUAACAGGUUUAACAUCACAGAAUGAGGAUCGAUGAG